CGGCCGCCCCGGCCGCCCGGCCUCCCGCUGAACGGAGCUCCGCGCACGGCCGGCGAGCGGAUGGAGACGCACAUUCCUUUUCUCCUGUGGGCCUUCCUGUUUUUUGGAGUGAUCGAUUCCAGUCCAGUCCCAAGAAAGCUUUUUGGGGAGAUCAGAUCCCCUGGUUAUCCCCAGCCGUAUCCCAACAAUAACAUCAGCAGCUGGGAUAUCAACGUCCCAGAAGGUUAUGUGGUGAAGCUGACCUUCAGAUAUUUUGACCUGGAGCCGUCUGAGUUUUGCUUCUAUGACUAUGUUAAGAUCAAAGCAGACAAGAAGACCUUGGGCCGGUACUGUGGCCGGCUUGGGUCAACCAAAGGAAAUCACCCAGGAAGAAAGGAGUUUGUGUCCAAGGGGAACAGGAUGCAUCUGGCAUUUCACUCGGAUUUCUCCAAUGAAGACAAUGGCACAGUGAUUCCCUACAGGGGCUUCCUGGCCUAUUAUCAAGCCUUGGAUCUUGAUGAAUGUAAACCUGACAAUGUUGCUGAGAAAGAUGAAAGGCGUCAGUGCCAGCACUUCUGCCACAACUAUGUGGGUGGCUACUUCUGUUCUUGCCGGACUGGCUACCAGCUUCAGAGUGACCACCACUCCUGCAAAGUGGAGUGCAGCAGUGAGUUGUUCACAGAAGCAUCUGGGUACCUGAGCAGCCCAGAGUAUCCCCAGCCCUAUCCAGAAGACCUCCGGUGUAACUACAGCAUCCGUCUGCAAAAGGGCCUGUCUAUCAUCCUCAAGUUUUUGGAACCCUUUGAGAUUGAUGACCACCAGCAAGUCAGAUGUCCUUAUGACCAGCUCAAGAUCCAAGCACGAGGGAGAGAGAUUGGUGAAUACUGUGGAAAGAAGUCACCUGGCAGGAUUGAAACCAACAGCAAUGAGGUGGAUAUACUCUUCCUCACCGAUGAAUCAGGUUUCAGCCGUGGCUGGAAGAUCCACUACACCUCAGAGAAAAUACAGUGCCCACAGCCUAUCCCAAAGGAUCAGUUUACCAUCAUCAGAAACAUGCAGCCUGUGUAUCGGUUUCAGGACUAUUUUAUUGUCAGCUGCAAGACUGGGUAUAACCUGAUGGAGGGCAACCAAAAACUGCUGUCCUUCACAGCUGUCUGCCAGGCUGAUGGGACGUGGCAUCAAUCCAUGCCACACUGCGAAAUUGUGAAUUGUGGCAACCCUACAAACCUGACCAAUGGGGCAUUCAGCUAUGUUAACAGCCCUGCAAACAACAACUACCAGUCAGUGAUCACAUACCGAUGCAAUGAGCCUUAUUAUCACAUUGUCACCAGAACAAGCAGCGACAGAUUCACCUGCUCUCCUGAGGGAACCUGGGUGGAUGAAAAUGGCCAGGCGAGGAUUCCUGCCUGCUUGCCAGUGUGUGGGAAGCCUGACCACCCCAUUUCUGAAAUCCAGCGGAUCUUAGGUGGCAAGUCAGCAAGGACAGGCAACUUCCCUUGGCAGGCUCUGACUGGCAUCAAUGGACGAGGAGGUGGUGCACUCCUGGGCGAUCGCUGGAUCCUGACUGCUGCCCACACCAUCUUCCCUAAAGGGGCAGGAAGGGACAGUGUAAGCCUGGACCAGCUAGCAGAGGAGGCUAACGUGUUCCUUGGCCACACGAAGGUAGAAGAGCUCCACAAGAUGGGUAACCACCCUGUACGUAGGAUCUUUAUCCAUCCAGAUUACAAGCCUGAAGAUGAGCACAACUUUAACGGCGACAUAGCCCUGCUGGAGCUGAAGCACCCAGUAACGCUGGGCCCUACAGUAUUGCCCAUCUGUCUCCCGGAUGUUACCAACACCACGUUCUACAUGGAUGGGCACUUGGGCUACGUGAGUGGGUUUGGUGUGGAAAAAAACUUCCUUUCAAAUCAUUUGAAGUAUGUCAGCCUACCAGCAGUAUCUCGAGAGAAGUGCCAGAGUUGGCUGGACAGUAAGAAGACAGAUAUACCUAUGGUUUUCUCUGAGAACAUGUUCUGUGCUGGCUUCCUCACUGUCAAACAGGACACCUGCCAGGGCGAUAGUGGGAGUGUCUUCACGGUAUUAGACACAGAAAGCGGUUACUGGGUGGCGACUGGUAUUGUUUCUUGGGGUAUUGGCUGUGCCGAAGGUUAUGGCUUCUACACCAAAAUCCUCAGCUAUUUGGACUGGAUCAAAGGGAUAAUAAGGGAGGAUAAGUUCUAAGUGCUGCUGUCCUGACAGCUGAAGAAUCCCUGGUAGCAUAUAAAUUUCCAGGCAUAGCAAAUCCUAUCUAAAGCUUUUGAUGAUGUUCCAAAGACUUUUCAAACACACAGAACAUGUAAUCUCUAUCCACGUGCGUUUCUGAAAGCCACCGUUUGAUGAAUUCCUGGUGGUACCACCAAAAUUCACCCAAGCUGCUGGUCCAUUGGCACCUUGUGGAAUGUCUUCAUGGACGUACUAGUUCUUCCAAAUCUUAUUACUUGAUGAAGGCUUAAUAGUAUCAUGGAAUGUCGAGACAGCAAACGUUACUGUUUGAAGUGCUGAUGAUAUCAUCAGAGUACUGCAAUCUACUUCUGUACUCUAUUGUGGGAGAAGGUUGCAAGGCAGCAGCCUUUCUUAAGUAGUAGUUUGAGUACAGUGUGUGCAUGUCCGUUGGCAUGAGUGAGAUACGAUGAAUAUUAAAAUCAUUG